AUGAGUGUCAAAGUCAUUGGUUUUGAAAGGCUUAAGGAGGAUUACGAGGCAUGCCCAGAUUUUAAGGAUAUCUUUCUCGAUUUGCAAGGAGGACAAUCAAACAGCACAGAUGGCUUUCGACUUGAGAAGGUGCAAGAUUUUAUAGUGUGGGAAGUUCACGCAGGAGGGUUAGCCGGUCACUUUGGGCGUGAUAAGACCAUUGAGGAGGUUGAACGCCAAUUCUAUUGGCCUAGUUUAAAGAGAGAUGUGGCUAAAAUUGUUAGUAUAUGUAACACUUGUCAAUUGGCCAAACAGAAGAAGCAGAACACAGGCCUAUACACUCCUCUCCCCGUCCCCAAUUGUCCGUGA